AUGCCGCUGCCAACACUCAACCGCCGGCAAACAAGUGUCAGACAGCAGAGGCGGCGGCAUCUACUGCUGCCGCUGUUGGCCACCGUCCUGGCACUGGCCGGCCUGGCGACGAGCUCACCCGCCAAGUACAACUUCAAUGUGACAAAGGCGCUAAGGAUCGAGAGCAGCACAUGGAUGGAGCCGUGCGGCUACAUUACGCAGGGCAGCAUCGAGCAUGUGCAGAAUAAAAGCUUCACCAAGAGCACCAAGCUGCUUAACAUGGAGCGGCAGAUCAAGUUGACGCUGCUCGAUCUGAAAAACUGGCGCAAUCUGACCGAUCGCACGAGAUGGAACGACCCGCUUCGCAUGCAGCAGUUUAAGUUCCUGAAACCCUUCGUGAAAAAUGAGUCCAGCUGGGAGCGACGACUUUCCGUGUACUGGGCACACCUGAAGCUGGUACUGCUGUUUCACAAAAACCAUUCCGAAACCAACAUUAACCCGGUGCAGGCGGAUGUGCUCGAAAGCGUCAACGAGUCGACGCGGCAGUUGCUCUGUAUGGUGCAGGAGUACCGCAGCGUGACCAAGCGGCGAAAUAAGCUCAUUGAUGCGGAGCACAUGCAGACAUUGAUCAACUUUAAUAUCACGGACGCUAUCGAGAUCAAGAUUCACAUCUGGUACAUCAUGUGUCGGUUAAACUGCUUCCUGCAAGAUAUGCGCAAACACGUGCGCCAGCUCCGUGGUAAGGUAAACCAAGCGCACAGACCGGACACCGGGAUGAACUGCAGGAACUGCGCUUACUUCAACAAGUACAAAUCGCACAAUACGAAGCACCAGAAGCAAAAGGUACAUCAGCAACCGCUAGCGCACAACCGUAACAGCCAGCAGAACCAAACGAAACAGCAGCAGCUCAACAGACGGCCGAAAGGACAAAAAGGUACCCGGGCACCGAACGGUCGCGUGCAAAACCAGCAGGGUUAG